AUGCAAAACAUUAUAUCUUUUGCCGAGGCGGCGAAGCACACGAAGGAAGACGAUUUAUGGUUGAUUGUCAACAAGAAGGUCUACGACAUUACGAAGUUUGUGGACCAGCACCCAGGAGGUGUGGACACGCUCACAGGUGCGGCUGGUAAAGAUGGAACGGAUGAUUUUAACUCCGUUGGCCACAGUGACUCCGCAAAGAAGGAAAUGGAGAAAUAUUACAUCGGCGAAUUGGAUCCAAAUGACGCCGAGAAGCUCAAAGCGCCUUUAAAGACAA